AUGCCCAAUCACGUGGACCUGUCCCAGACCGCAGUCCUCUUUGCCACUGUGAAGCAGAACUACGUGGUCGUGACUGUACUCAGUGCUUUCUUUCUACUGUAUCUGAUCAUUGUGAUGUGGGCGUGGUACGCCGACCGGUUCGCUCUCCGAACGCGGAAGAUGACGCUGUUGGAGGACAACCAUCCAUGUGCCCAUUAUAACUACCUGCUCAACAUACAGACAGGAAGCCGGAGUGGGGCAGGCACCUCGGCCAAGGUUAUGAUCAGUAUGGAAGGUACAGAAGGGGUGAGCAAGCCCCAUCACCUGUCUGACCCAGACAAGCCGGUGUUUGAGAAGGGAGGGGUUGACAUGUUUCUGCUCAGCAGUCCAUUUCCUUUGGGAGAGCUACAGGGCAUUAAGCUAUGGCACGAUAACUCCGGAGGGCACCCUGACUGGUACUUGAACAAAGUGACAGUGCAGGACUUGCAGUCACGGAAUGUCUGGCACUUUCUGUGUUCAACGUGGCUAACUUCGACAGGAGACAGCACGUGUGCUAGGACCUUCAACCCAGCAAAGAAGAACGAGAUCGCCAGUUUCGGCAACAUUUUCCAAGCUCGUACAUCCACUGGAUUCCGGGACGAGCACAUUUGGAUGUCUGUCGUAGAUCCACCACGACACAGCCCCUUCACCCGCAUGCAGAGAGUGUCCUGCUGCAUGUCGCUGCUACUGUGUACCAUGGCCAUCAAUAUCAUGUUCUGGAAUAUUCCCAAAAAUGAGGACUCUCCUGUCAUCAUCAAGAUAGGUCCGAGAGCCCCUGCCCGGAGCAAUCAGCAUCAGAAUGCAAAUGUCACAUCCUUGACUUUCAUCAUCUUGCCUUGUGCAGUAUCAGGGGAUUCAAAGUCAUAUAUAAUCAGCUUGACAAGCACCUCUCAAAUCAUGGUAGCGGUGGAGAGCGCCCUGCUCAUGUUCCCGGUCAACAUCCUCAUCGUCACCAUAUUCCGCAGCAUCAAGCCGCGUAUUCUUGAUGCCAAGGACAAGUCCGAGACCAGGGACAACAGCAAACCCCAUGCUGUUUCCAUGCACACCAUUCUCAAGGUCCCCAACAUGUGCCAGCGGAGCUGGGAUGUUGUAGUGGCUGUGCUAACUUAA